GAUGUUCCUAGAUAGAGCCGGACUUCGAACGCUGUGUCCUGCUACUCUUGCUGGGGCUUCUCCAGCAGCUGAGCCCGCCUCCUGCCCUCCUGGCUCCCGUCCUUCCGCACCUCCUUCUCCCCUUCCGUGCAUCACUCGGCACUUGGGAAGGCGUUGCCACACCAGGCUCUGACAACAAAGCGCUGGAAAAACCUGGGGCAGAGCCCAGAGGAGUGAGUGCCCCACGUUCAGAAAGGGUGACGCCGAGACGCUGAGCCCCAGACCGUCCGUGCGUCAUGGAGUCUGUUGCCGCUGCCUGUCUUGUGGUGGGGGACCCUCACAGCUCUUCCCCUGGACAACCUGGGCCUAAGGAAGAGCACUGGACUUGGAGCCCAAACACCGGGUUCCACUCCCUGGCUUGCCUGUGAUGGGGCAACGAUGCUUCCUUCUCAGGAACUCAGUGUCCCCUGUGUUAAAAUGGGCACAAUCUACCCUUCCUCAAAGGCUCCAGGGAAUGCCAGUUAGGGGGGAGCAAGGAGGUGCUGUGUAAACUCUGGGGGGCACCUUGACAGCAGGGUGAAGUCAGGAGGUCUGGGUCCUCUUGGCCCCUCUCCCCAGGACAAGGGCACAGGAGCAGCUGUGUCAGCCCCCUCUUCUCCCUCAGAUGUCAUGGAGCUGGGUCUGUCUCCACCUCAUCUCAGCAGCUCCUCAGAAGACCUGUACCUGGCCCCUGGGACCCCUCCUGGGACUCCCCCACCUCCCGAUGUUCCUCUGUCUGGGGAGGUGAAGAGGUCCCAGCCUCUGUCCAUUCCGACCGGCAGGAAACUUCUUCGACAGGAGGAGCUGCGGUCAACCUCUCUACCCUCCAUCCCCAACCCCUUCCCCGAGCUCUGCAGUCCUCCUUCACAGACCCCCAUUCUUGGGGGGCCCUCCAGUGCAAGGGGGCUGCUCCCUCGAGACACCAGCUGCCCCCAUGUCAUAAAGGUGUACAGUGAAGAUGGGGCCUGCCGGUCAGUGGAGGUGGCAGCGGGCGCCACGGCUCGCUACGUGUGUGAGAUGCUGGUGCAGCGAUCUCAUGCCCUGAGUGACGAGAACUGGGGGCUGGUGGAGGGCCACCCCCACCUAGCACUGGAGCGGGUCUUGGAGGACCAUGAGUCGGUGGCGGAAGUGCAGGCUGCCUGGCCCAUCGGCGGAGACAGCCGCUUUCUCUUCCGGAAGAACUUUGCCAAGUACGAGCUGUUCAAGAACACCCCACACUCCCUGUUCCCAGAAAAGAUGGUCUCCAGCUGUCUGGACGCACACACGGGCAUAUCCCACGAAGACCUCAUCCAGAACUUCCUGAAUGCAGGCAGCUUCCCAGAGAUCCAGGGCUUCCUGCAGCUACGGGGGUCAGGACGCAAGCUUUGGAAACGCUUCUUCUGCUUCCUACGCCGGUCUGGCCUCUAUUACUCCACCAAGGGCACCUCCAAGGAUCCGAGGCACCUGCAGUGUGUAGCGGAUGUGAACGAGUCCAACGUGUACGUGGUGACCCAGGGCCGCAAGCUCUACGGGAUGCCCACGGACUUUGGCUUCUGUAUCAAGCCAAACAAGCUUCGAAAUGGCCUCAAGGGGCUUCGCAUCUUCUGCAGUGAGGAUGAACAGAGUCGCACCUGCUGGUUAGCCGCCUUCCGCCUCUUCAAGUAUGGGGUGCAGCUGUAUAAGAAUUACCAGCAGGCACUGUGCCGCCACCUGCGCCCACCCUGUGUGGGUUCCCCGCCCUUGAGGAGUGUCUCAGACAACACCCUGGUGGCCAUGGACUUCUCUGGCCACGCCGGGCGUGUCAUCGAGAACCCCCGGGAAGCUCUGAGUGCCGCCCUGGAGGAGGCCCAGGCCUGGAGGAAGAAGACGAACCACCGACUAAGCCUGCCCACCCCGAGCUCUGGCACGAGCCUCAGUGCAGCCAUCCACCGCACCCAACCCUGGUUCCACGGACGCAUUUCCCGCGAGGAGAGCCAGCGGCUCAUCGGGCAGCAGGGCCUGGUAGACGGCGUGUUCCUCGUGCGAGAGAGCCAGCGGAACCCGCAGGGCUUUGUCCUCUCGCUGUGCCAUGUGCAGAAAGUCAAACAUUACCUCAUCAUGCCGAGCGAGGAGGAGGGGCGCCUGUACUUCAGCAUGGACGAGGGCCAGACUCGCUUCACCGACCUGCUGCAGCUUGUGGAAUUCCACCAGCUGAACCGUGGCAUCCUGCCCUGCUUGCUGCGCCACUGCUGCACCCGCGUGGCCCUCUGACCACCACACAGGCAGGCCUGCGUCUCAGCCCACUCCGCGCUGCCCACCCACCUCCGCUCCUAGGGUGGACGCAGAGGGGGCAGAAGGUGGGGCCAGGGUCAUCGUGAAUGGCUGGGGGCUCCCCCACCCCGGUUUCCUCCUCUGCUCCUGGCCUCCCUCAGGCCGAAAGUGCUCCCCGCCCGGUCCACCCUUAACUUCUCCUUAAGGGAAGGCACUUGGGUGGGCAUCUCCCCUUCAUGGCGCUGCUCUGGGGCAGGGCAUUAUGGGAGAAAUGGGGGCAGCCCCGGUGGUCUUUACACUCCACACUUUGUACAGACUGAGAGGCCAGUUGAUCUCUGUUUUAUACUAGUGACAAUAAAGAUUAUUUUUUGGUA